GACAAAUAUCGGGGGAGGGACCACUGCGGCUCUGGCUGUGGGAGCGAGUGAAGGCGGUCUGCUCGUCCAAGACUGUCGGCAGAAAUGAAGAGCCAACAGAAAAGCCCUGAACCAGAUGGGAGUGUUACCGUCAACGAGGAAGGGUCCGUAGCCACGGCAGAGGAUCCGGCAGCUAUUGCCACCAUUCAGUCUGCUGCCACCUUCACUGACCAACCCAUCAAAUAUCUCUUCAAGACAGAAGGAGCAGGCGGGCAGGUGACCUACAGAGUGAUCCAGGUGUCAGAUGGCCAGUUGGAGGGUCAGACAGAUGGAGCUGCAGCGGUCAGCCUGGUCGCUGGUUUCCCUGCAACCACUCAGACUGUCACGCAGGCUGUGUUCUCCCAGUCCGAGGGGUUGGAGGGAGACGGCAGCGCAGAGACACAGUACACCUACUACCCCGCCACCAUUGCAGACGCCACCACUGGCACCAUGGUGACCACAGUGCAGGCCUCUGACACACUGCUGGGCCAGACCACACCCACAGGGCAGCUUUAUGUGAUGAUGUCACCCCAGGAAGUUUUGACGGGUUCCAAUCAAAGGACAAUCGCACCUCGCACUCAGCCAUACAUAGCAAAACAAGAGGCUCCUCGGGCUUCCAGAGACGAGAAACGACGAGCCCAGCACAACGAAGUUGAGCGCCGGCGCAGAGACAAGAUCAACAACUGGAUUGUGCAGCUGUCAAAGACCAUUCCAGACUGCAACAUUGACUAUACGAAGACAGGACAGAGUAAAGGGGGAAUCUUGUCUAAAGCCUGCGAGUACAUCAAGGAACUCCGACAGAGCAACCUGAAGCUGGGGGAAGAUAUCAGCACUCUGGAUCGACUCAGGAUUGACAACCAGCUACUUAGACAGGAGGUGGAAGACUGGAAGUCCAAGAAUCAGAUCCUGAGGAACCUGCUGCGACAGCAUGGCAUUGUGGGAUCAUCCAGCACAGAUCCCCAGUAAGAAGCCUGUUGCCAACGGGUAUUUGAAGAUAACCACGUAUAGGCCAAAAGAGUACUUGAAAUGCUUUGAGAUACUUUAUUUGUGAACGAGUGUGCACGAAAAAAAAGUGAUGGGGGGGGGAUUGAAUAUUUUCAAAAAUAUUCAAAUCCAGUUUCUUUGCUAAAUGACACCUUUUGGAUAUUCUCUUUGAUGCUUUUUACAAAAUUGAAAUCCUUUGCCUGGUGGAUAUCGCCCAAUCAUAAUAACAUGACGGAAACAUUGAACAUGAGUUUAACAAAGCCUUCAUUGAAUGCCUUCCUCCACAAACAUUAUGAUUGUUCAUUAACCUCCAGUACAGUAAGCUCUAAAACAUGACCAACUGCUCAUGUCAGUUUCUUUAACUUAACCUCUGCAGUACUGUGCUUCUCUGCAUCAAAUGCACUCUUGUAAUUGUCUCAGAAAAACAUUGUAUUCAUGCUUUGACUUUUCAUCUUUUAUCAAUAUCACAUUUGACCAGUUAAUACAAAGUUUGUCAUCCAGUUAAGCUAUUUUGCUUUGUAUAUUUGUAUGUUUCAUGAAACCUCACUGGAGACAAUAAUUGCAUUGCAACAAUGUAACUAACUAAAUAAACAGGAGUUGUUAAGCAUUGCAUUGUAGGUAGGCUAUGUAUGUCUUUAUAAUAAAAGAACUCAAACAAUAUACUGUAUGUCAUAAAUCAUGUAUGUUUAUUAAAGUGGGUAAAUUGGUUAAAA